AUGACAUCACGUACCAGCAAGUACAGGGUGUCUCAGCGAGAAGCGAGGGCUUUCACUCGCAAACGGGCUGUGGCAGCAUGCAGGGUCUGUCGCUCGCGAAAGAUCAAAUGCGACAAUGCUCGUCCGACCUGUUCUUCGUGCCAACUCUCUGAGGCACACUGCGUAUAUCAAGACCAUAUAGAUUUUUCAAGAUUCGAUCCCGCCACCAUUGCCAUACUCGAUCGUUUAGCCGAAAUCCAACAGUCUCUCAACUCCUUGAAUUCAGGGGAGGUGACGGCCCUGUCCCUGGAUGGGCCGCAAAAAGAGUACAUGACCGACGUAGACCCACAAACACCACAGACUGUUUCUCUGAGGAUCCCUGCAGCCAAAAUAUGUCCUGAUGCAAUCUUAUCCUGGCCGAUUUUGCGAGAUGUCCGCUUGCAAACAAGCUUGAAUAGUCUUACUCUCGCGGACCACGAUCAUGGUGUCGAAGAAGUUGCCAGCUCCGAUUUGAAUCUGGCCCUCAUACCAGGUCUGAUUGAUCGCUUCCUGCAGUUUGUGCACGUCAAAAACCCCGUGGUGGAUACGGUCGCCCUCCGUCAAUCAGCCGUCACAGUUGAAGUGGGAGAGUCGUCUCGGAAUUCCCAUUCCUGCUUAGUGAUAGGCACCGGCACCUCCGUUCCCACAGCCACGCUAAGAAUUAUUCUCAAGUUCCUCGCCUGCGCUUUAGGCUGUCUAGCAGGUCCACUCCGAUAUGAUGACCUCUCGGUGGAACGUGAUGACCACGCUGAAUCACGUCACACUACAGGAGAGCAGUUUUAUCGGAAAGCGUUGGAGAGUAUCUCCCUCCCCGGCGAUCGUAUUCUGACGGCACAAUGCUGGUUUCUUAGCGGGGUCUAUCAGAUGUACAAGCUAAAUGCCGCUAGAGCUUGGAUGGACUUUUCGCGCGCCUCCGCCGCCUUGAGCCUCCACCUACGACACAGGGAAGCAGCCGUAUCUGCCCGACUCAGGAUAAGGCUGAUAUUUGUAAUUCUUUCCAGUGACUUACGCGCGGAGCUCAACGUACCCGAUUCGGUAUUGUGUGAGUUCAGCGUAUCCGAUGGGUAUCCAGUACCCUCGUCGGUAAGCAUGUCCAACUCCGGAGCAAUGUUGUCCGAGACGCCGACAGACUCAGAAGACUUGACACAUCUCUGGGAGUUGUCCACGUACUACUACUUAUCAGAUGUUGCUCUAAUGCGCGUAGAAGCGCGAAUCCUUAACUCGAUGUACAGCACUAACGACGCGCAUUGGUCGCCUGCCAACCUAUCUUACUUGUGCCGAACAGCCGCGGAUCUCGAGUCCCAAAUAGAUCACUGGGGCUCUCAUGUACCUCGUUUAUUGACUUACUUGGUGUCCGACGCCAGGUCCAGAAACCUACCAUCUAUUAUCCGUUUCGAAGAAUGGGACUCGGCACCCCAGUUUGAGCUGACGUACAACCUGCAAGCACGGGUUUUGCAGCUGAGAUCGUGGCUCUACCGGCCGUUUGUAUACUACGCUAUUCAUCAUAACAGCGGGCAGAGUAAUGAGGACGAGGAGGCUAAGAGGUUUAUGCGAAAAGCUAUCGAGUGCAGUUUCCAUCUUAUCAGCUCCAAGGCAACGCAGCACCGACAUCAUGGAACCUGGUUUGUCGCUCGCGGUGUACUCAGCUCAGCCCUGUUAAUCAUUGCAGCUAUCAAGGCGGACAAGGGACUCGUGGACUAUUUGGCAGAUUGGCCGGACUUGUUAGACCAGGCGAUAAGGUCUUUGAGUCAUUGGGCGUCGGAGGCGCGGGAUCUAGCUUACGCGGUUGUCGUUCUCGCUAAUCUUAAGCAGAAAUUGUGUCUUUAG